AUGGCAUAUUCAAGGUCGUUUCUGCAAAUACUUUGCACUUUCUUUCUGGUAUUAGCAGUUGCGGAAGCACUGAAAUUCGAUAUCGACGCUUAUCACAAAGGGGACAAGAAGGCAGAGAGAUGUAUUAGGAAUUUCGUGGCGAAGGAUACUUUGGUAGUGGUUACGGCUACGAUUGAUGGUUCAAAGGGGGAUGGCAUGCAAGUCGAUAUGCACAUUAAAGAUGCUGUUGGAAAUGAGUAUGGAAAACCAAAGGACAUUGUAGGCGAGAAGAGAAUGGCCUUCACAUCUCACGCCGAUGCAUCAUUCGAUGUAUGCUUCUACAACUACUUUGCAGCAUCAAACCGUAUCAACAAUCCUCGCCGACACGUUGAACUCGAUAUCGAUAUUGGAGCCGAUGCUAAAGAUUGGUCCGCUGUCCAGGCUACCGAAAAACUCAAGCCAGUCGAGACUGAAUUACGGCGCAUUGAGGAAAUGGUCGCGGAAAUCGUUUCGGAAAUGGAUUAUCUCAGGCAGAGGGAACAGAAGUUGAGAGAUACAAAUGAGAGCACGAAUACUAGGGUUAAAUGGUUUGCGUUUGGAACUAUGGGAAUGUUGGUCUCAUUGGGAGCAUGGCAGGUGGUCUAUUUGAGGGCGUACUUCAGAUCAAAGCAUCUUAUCUAA